AUGAACGCAAUUUUGGUGGACCUUCCGACACGAUCACCUGUUCCUUCACGACCGGUAAUCUGACAGUUCACCUGGACGUCAAUGCCAUCCAGGCGGAUGGCAGUCUGCGAGCAGUCUUCAAGGUCAGCGUAAACAUCCUCGAUCUGGACGACAACCAGCCCCAAUUUGACCAGCCUGUCUGGCAGCGUCAGCUCAAGGAGGCGCUCUAUCGUCAGGGACGACGCAUCGACCUGCCCAAG